AUGAAGUCCUCUAUCUUGCUGUCCCUGUCGACCGUGGCUCUUGCUGUAGCUGUUGCAACCCCCAAGGACCCACAGAUCGUCCUCCAGAACCCUCAAGUUACGGUCGAUGAGCCAGACCAAUAUCUUAUCGAGCUGUCUCCUGGUGAGACACGAUGGGUUACCGAGGAUGAGAAAUGGGCUUUGAGACGUCAAAACAUCAACUUCUUCGACAUCACAAACAGCGAUGAUCUCAGUACUCUUAGUCGUGAGAUUGCUGCCGAGAAGGUCACCUUUCCCUCGAAACCCGCAUACAACAAGACCGUGAAACCUCUACUGAAGGAACUCGAGAAGGACAACAUGCGCAAUCACCUCGAGACAUUUACUUCGUUCCACACACGCUAUUACAAAUCACAGUACGGCGCACAGUCUUCGGCAUGGUUACUCAAACAGGUGGAUGGCACCUUGAAAGAUGCCGGUGCUAAGGACGCUUUUGUGAAGGCGUUCCCUCACCCGUGGGGCCAGUCUAGCAUCAUCGCCACCAUUCCAGGCAAGAGCAACAAGACUGUUGUGAUUGGAGCACACCAAGACAGCAUCAACCUCUUCCUCCCCUCCAUUCUUGCUGCGCCUGGUGCAGAUGACGACGGCAGCGGUACCGUAACAAUCUUGGAGGCACUGCGGGUGCUGCUCAAGUCGGAGGAUAUCCUGAAGGGUGAGGCAGAGAAUACAGUUGAGUUCCAUUGGUACUCGGCUGAAGAAGGUGGCCUCUUGGGAAGCCAAGCUAUUUUCCAGUCAUACCAAAAGGAGCGCCGAGAUGUCAAGGCCAUGCUGCAGCAAGACAUGACUGGCUACGUACAGAAGACACUCGACAACGGCGAGCCAGAGUCUGUCGGUGUUAUCACCGAUUUUGUCGACCCCGGCCUUACCGACUUCAUCAAGGAGGUCAUCACCGAGUACUGCGAUAUUCCUUACAUUCUGACCAAGUGCGGCUACGCUUGCUCAGAUCACGCUAGUGCAUCCAAGGCUGGCUACCCAUCUGCCUUCGUCAUUGAGUCUGACUUCAAGUACUCUGAUAACAAGAUUCACACGACUGAGGACAAGAUCGAGUAUCUGAGCUUCGAUCACAUGCUUCAGCAUGCAAAGCUGACUCUUGGUCUGGCAUACGAGCUCGCAUUUGCCGAGUUCAAGUAG